AUGGAUGCCUCAUUGCCCUCCCGUAUUUCUAAUCUUGUGCUUCUAUGGUUCCUGAUAUGUUCAAUCACGCUACGCAAAGGCGCUAUGCAGUGCAAUGAAAAAGACCAUCACCUUCUCCUAAACUUCAAACACACCCUUGUCGAUCCAUCAGCCAUCCUCUCGGCUUGGUCCGACGAGCGAGACUGUUGUGAAUGGGAAGGAGUUCAGUGUGACAACACCAGCGGCAGAGUCAUCGAGUUCAGUCUUGGGUUUCUUAAUUACUUGGAUUUGAGCAAUCAUGACUUCCGUGCUAUCGUCCAAAAUGAUCAUGUGGAUAUCACAAACUCUAACAACCUAUCUCUGGUUGAACGCCAAAAUUCUUCCAAUCUUCAUUAUCUCAAUUUAUCCAAUAAUGAAGAUCUUCACUUUGAUAGUCUUCAUUGGCUUUCUCGUGUUCCCUCCUUGGAAUAUCUUGACUUCAGCGGUAUUAAUCUUCAGGGAAAACUUGACUGGCUUCAAUUGGCAACUGUACUUCCCUCCCUCACAGAGCUAUAUUUGGAAAUGGUGUCACUGUUCUCAACCUACGCUCAAAUUAUUCGGAGGGGGAUUGCCAGAGGGUUUAUUGAACCUCCGGAAAACACAAGAAUUGUCUGUGGGGACAAUAGACUCGGUGGGCCAAUUCCCGACUGGUUAUUACAACUUCUCGAUCUUAGUGAAAAUUUCUUUUCUGGCCCCGUUCCUUUAACUUUGGGAAAUCUCUCAUCGUUGAAAAACUUUAUUGUCAGGUCUAACCACUUUAGUGGUGCUCUUCCUACAAAUCUUGGACAACUCUUGAAUUUGGAGGAACUAGAUUUUAGUGAUAAUAACUUGGCGGGGCAUGUGUCGGAAAGAAAUUUCGACGCACUCUCGAAUCUGAAGUUGCUUGUCAUGGGAACACCAGGCUUCAUCUUUGACUUUAAUCCUAUUUGGCUUCCUCCUUUCCAACUUGAAACUAUUCACUUGGAACACAUGAGGGGUCCUCAACUCCCUGCAUGGAUAUACACGCAAACACGUCUAAGCAGCUUAGGAAUUAAAUAUUCAAGAAUUUCAUUCGAGUCUCAAGACAGAUUUUGGAAAUUUGCAACCCAACUAGCAUACUUACACUUAGACGAUAACACCAUUGAUGGAGAAAUGUCUAAUGUGUUACUGAAUUCUACAGUCAUAAAUUUGGAUUCAAACAAAUUGAAAGGCAACGUUCCUCAGUUAUCACAAAAUGUUGUCCAGCUCAGCAUAGCAAACAACUACCUUCGAGGAUCUAUUUCUCCAUUGUUGGAUGAAUUGGAAAUCACUGGUUGUGCUUAA